AUGUCUGCCGACACCUCCAACGAAAAGGCGUCGAGUCUAGAUUCGCAGUACGCGUCGUUCAGCGACUCUUCGCAGCCUAAUAGAUGGACCUCUUUCAAAGACAGCUUCAAGCCCGCAGACAGAACCGGAGCGGCAAACGCCGAUCUCACGUCCUUGGAACGCGCCGUUCAAAACACAGCCGACACCAAUCUCGUGUCAUCAAUUAGCCCGCUUUCGCAGGCGUUUAUUGCCUUGGGUGGCUGCGUCGGCUCGGGUCUUCUUAUUGUGUCGGGCCAGUCACUUGCAAAUGGCGGGCCUGCCGGAGUCUUGAUCGGCUGGGCCAUCGUGUCCCUGUUCUUGUACUGCGUCAUGCAGGCGCUUUCCGAAUUGUCUUCUGCGUUCCCCGUUUCGGGCGCCUUUGCCACAUACGCCACGCGGUUUAUUGACCCAUCCUGGGGCUUUGCCGUCGGCUGGAACUACGCCAUUUUCUGGGCGGUGGUGUUGCCCUUGGAGCUCGUGGCCGCGUCGCUCACCAUCAAUUUCUGGCAGUCGGACAUCAACUCCGUCGUGUGGGUGGCGGUUUUCUUUGUCUUGAUCAUUGCGCUCAAUCUUUUUGGCACCUCCGGCUUCGAGUACUUCGAGCUCGUGGCCUCGAUCAUCAAGUUGAUUGCCAUUGUGGGCUUCGACAUUCUCGCCAUUGUGCUCAUCUGCGGCGGCGGAAACUCCGGCUUCAUUGGCGCAAAGUACUGGCGCAAUCCCGGGGCGUUUUCCAACGGCUUCAAAGGCGUGGUGAGCGUCUUGAUUUCCGCCACCUACUCGUUGGCCGGGACCGAGUUGGUCAGUUUGACCGCGGCCGAGUCCAAGGAAAACCCCCGCAUCGCGUUGCCGCACGCCAUCAAGAUGGUCUUCUACCGGAUCAUGAUUUUCUACAUGCUCACGCUCACGCUCAUCACGUUCUUGGUGCCGUACAACAACUCCAACUUGCUGCUGGCCUCGUCCUCGUACGCGUCGCCGUUUGUGGUGGCCAUCGAGGCCGGAGGCAUUGCGGCCCUCCCCUCCAUUUUCAACGUGGUGGUGCUUAUCUCGCUUCUUUCCAUCGGCAACUCCGCCGUAUACGGCUUCUCCAGAACCAUUCUUUCUUUGGCCGAACAAGGCUUGGCCCCCAAGAUGUUUGCCUAUGUCGAUCGUUCAGGAAGACCAUUGGUCGGCAUUGCCGUGAGUGCCAUUGUCGGGCUUCUUGCCUUUGUUUCGGCCUCUCCCAAGGAGAGCGAGGUGUUUGCCUGGUUGGUGUCGCUUUCGGCCUUGUCGACGUUGUUCACGUGGGCCUCCUGUACCAUUGCACACAUCCGGUUCCGUGCUGCCAUGGCGAGGCAAAACAGACCGCUCUCCGAAUUGCCAUACCUUUCACAGACCGGUGUGUGGGGCUCCUACUACGCCACCAUCUGUUUGAUUGUUGUUUUGGGCUUGCAAUUCUGGGUCUCGCUCUACCCGUUGGGCUCGCUGCCUGACGCUGCUGUGUUUUUCCAGAACUACCUCGGAGCAGUCAUUGUCGUCACAUUCUACCUCGGCCACAAGAUCUACUCAAAGAAAUUGAACACCAUUGUGCCCUUGGCGUCCAUGGACCUCGACACCGGUCGUGGAGAAACCGACUACGAGAAGCUCCAGGAGGAGAUCCGCGACGAGAAGGAGGCUCUUCGGGGAAGGCCCUUUUACAUCCGGGUAUUCAAGUAUCUUUUCUGA